CGCCAUGAGCGAACGUCGAGCGGCAUGAGAAUAGCAUGCAUUACAUAUAUUUUAUUAGCCGUGGCGCAGACAGGCGUUGAAUCAGUCAAUAUAUUGGCUAUAUUCCUGUACAAUAUGCCCACGCCUUAUUUGGUUGUGCGACCUUUUCUGGAGAAACUCGUUGCCAGAGGACAUGAGCUAACUAUUAUAUCCGCAGUGUUAUUUCUACCCGACAUCAAAGGCGCGCGUCAUGUACGUGUAAACGCAUUGGAUAGGCUUAUCAAUGACAUUUUAAAGUGGGACUGGGAUGUAGAUUUUGACAUGAGCAAGUGGCAGGAAUCUUUGUGGAUAGCAGACUUUCAUUACAACGCCUCGCUUGCAAUUCUUAGCGAUGCGGCAGUGCAAGCGAUGCUCAAAGAUAACAGCCAGCACUUUGAUAUGAUGAUUAUGGAGCCCAUUCACUCGGAUGCACUGCUGGGCAUAGCCGAACAUUUUGAUGCCUGCUUGGUGGGCUUGUCGGCAUUUGGCUCCUCGUGGAAGCUUGACUAUGUGGCAGGCAAUGCAGCGCCAAGUGUUUAUACACCCUACUCACCGACUGGAUACACCAAGGGCCAGAGCUUCUUGGAGAAGUGGCAGAACUGGAUAUAUAUCAGUGAGGAGUGGCUAAUCGAUAGACUUGUCUACCGCCCAGGCCAGCAGAAGCUGUUUCGCCACUUUUUUCCCUAUUCAACGGACAUACUGCAGAACAGACGCCGCGGCUUUUCGCUCAUACUGGUCAAUGAGCAUUUUAGCUUGGGACGCGCCAAGUCGAAUGUGCCCAAUAUAAUCGAAGUGGCUGGCAUGCACUUGGAGCUGCCCAGCGAGCCGCUGGACGAGCAGCUGCAGCGCUUUCUAGACGAGGCUGAGCAUGGCGUCAUUUACUUUUCUUUAGGCAUAGAAAUCAUAGACAAAUUUUUACCUGCUGAGCUGUGGGUAAUGCUGCUGCAAGCAUUUUCACAGCUCAAGCAGCGAGUCGUUUGGAAAAUUGAAAUGGAUAUAAAAAUUCCAGCAGAGCAAGCGCAACGCAUUUACUUAAGCUCCAGUCUGCCACAGCGCCAGCUACUGCAGCAUCCCAAUAUGAAACUGUUUAUAACACAUGGCGGCCUGCUGAGCAUUAUGGAAGCUGUGCACGCUGGUGUGCCAAUGCUUGGUCUGCCCAUCUAUUAUGAUCAAUUUGCCAAUAUGGAGCGCAUGGAACGCUUGGGCGUAGCUUGUAGCAUUGAAUUAAGUCUGAUAACAAUUGAGAAAUUUACGCGUACGAUUGAGAAUCUGCUCUAUAGUCCGCAAUAUAGACAGCGUGCCCAGCAGCUGUCCGAGCGGUUUCUAGAUGAACCUAUGCGCCCCUUAGACAAAGCCGUCUGGUGGACCGAGUACGUGCUGCGGCACAAGGGAGCGCCGCAUAUGCGCAUGACGGAUGAGGACAUGCCAUUUAUAUCCUACUAUAGUGUCCAUAUACUCACAGUGCUAAUCGUCCCCAUUGGUCUGGCUGCAUUGUUGUUGCUUCUGGUAGCUUACAAGUUGCUUAGGAUACUAUGCAAGUUGUUUUGUAAGCCAACAGCAACACAUCAAAUAAGCAUUCGUAGAUGCACAAGAGAUCGAAGCUGCGUGUUAAUUAAUUAA